AUGGUGCAGGAAGUGGCCUUUAGGGCCUACCAUCCGGUGAAUUUGCCCCGGUCGCGUUCUGUCGAACGGGUUCCCUACCGAGUCGGCACCCUCACAAGAGUCUCCUCGGUUCCAUGUGUUCACACCCUUCGCGUUAGCAAGGACACCUAUCGCGGGAGUGGUCUGCACAAGUAUCGCCGAGACUACGACCUGACAGACGAUUGGGAGAAAGAUCGUGUCAAUUUCUAUCAACCAUUCCAUUUCUCGACUUAUCGAUACCAAGCUCGUCGCCAACUCCUCACCGAUCCAAUUCCCAACUCGCUCGGUUUUCAAUACCCCGGUUUCUUUGGUCGUUAUAAGUUUUAUUACGAUUGGCUAAAUCCAACAAUGUGGCGUAAACAUCGUGAUCCAAACUACGACAGACCACUUUGGAAUCAUUGGCGGCCUUGGCAAUAUAAUAGUAAAUCGAUCAAAGAUGGUAUUGAUCUUUACCGGAAAGGUAUCAUUCCAUUCGAUGUUCUUGACAAGAAAUGGAUUGAGCCAACAGCAUUGGCGAGAAAGGGAAAAGACUGGUUCGAUGUGUACACACCAGCUCCUCGUUACGGUGCUCACCGUUACUUCUUCACCGGACAAGUGUAU